AGAUUCCUAUUGGCUCUUACUUCUGGGGAUAUUUCAGAAUGGUUACUUUUCCUCUCCUUCAAAGGGGAGGAGAUUUCAGAGCCAGAACCUGGUGAGAUUCCUGGAGGCAAAGCCGUGGAGUAGGAGGGUCUCUUCUCCUUGGAACUCUCACUCCACAAGCUUGUGUCACUCAGCAUUUGUCAGAUUGCUUUUCUGCCUCAGGCGUGCAAUCACUUGGUGUGCCCACUUCCCUUUAAAGUGCAAGAACAACAAAAGGGCAGCAUGAGUAAGUGGAGUGCCUUAGACCAGCUUCUAGACAAGUCUCAACCCUACUCCAGAGCUGGAGGAAAGAUAUGGCUGCAGAUCCUUUUCGUUUUCCGGAUUCUGCUCCUGGAGACUGCCAUCGAGUCAGCCUGGAGUGACGACCAGCUCAAUUUCCAUUGCAACACUCAGCAGCCUGGUUGUGAAAAUGUCUGCUAUGACCAAGCUUUCCCGAUCUCUCACGUGCGCCUCUGGGUCCUACAGAUCAUAUUCGUGUCUGUGCCUACACUCUUAUACCUGGCACAUGUGUUCCAUGCCAUUCGGCAGAAAAAGAAGUCGAAGAAGCAAGAGAAGGAACUUGGAGUUGCUCGCUUUGAUGGUGCCAGUGUGGAAAUUCACUGGCAGAAAAUUGAAGUAAAGAAGUCCAAGUGUGGCAGUGAAGCCCAUAGGAAGGUGAAAAUUAGAGGCAGGUUGCUGCUGACCUACAUACUCAGUAUCUUCUUCAAGUCUGUCUUUGAGGUGGCCUUUGUGCUGAUCCAGUGGUACAUUUAUGGAUUUACCCUGAAGACCGUUUACAUUUGUGAACACUUUCCUUGCCUGCAUCAGGUGGACUGCUUUCCCUCUCGCCCCACAGAAAAAAGCAUCUUCAUCCUCUUAAUGCUGGUGGUGUCCCUGGUAUCUUUAGUCUUGAAUAUAAUUGAGCUGGUCCAAGUCUUAUUUAACACCAUUAAGAAUUGUGUGAGAGAUGAGGAUGAGUUUUACUAUGGUACAGCUGAAAUACAGAGCCUUUCCCAGGAGUCCUCACCAAGUGUUCUCGCUACCAUGGUUCCUAAGGAUCAGGUGGUUCCUGUGAAACAAUCUUCAGUCUAUGUUUAAAGUGAGCAAAACUAUGUCAGUUACAGUGUGUAACAGAGUCAAAGCGGGGAAGGGCAGGCAGGAAGUAUCCUUUCUGCCUUGCACUCAGCCUUGUCUUCACUCUGAUAAGCAGAAUUUUCAGAGGGUUUGGGUAGAGAGAAAAGCAAAACAAAGAUAUUGAACACUAGUGUU